AUGUUGAAAGUGCCGGUAAUCGCAGCUGGCGCAUCAGGCACUGGAAGGCAGUUGGCGGCUGCUUUAGCUAUGGGGGCUCAUGGCAUCACGAUGGCCACAAGGUUCCUGUGCACGGUCGAGGCUCCGAUCGACCAGAAAGUGAAGGAGACGUUGAUGAACCCAGACAUGGACGAGAGGAGUACUACGAUCGUUUUGGGAACACUGAGCAAUGCUACGCGGGUCUUCAAGAACGGCGUGUCGAAGAAGAUUCGCGAGAUCGAAAGUCAAGGCGAUGUGGAUUUUAGCCAAGUCAUGCCCCUCGCGAGUGGCAGCCGAACUAAGAAAAUGUGGCAAGAAACCGGCGACACGGAAGAUGCCAUGUGGAGUUGUUCCCAAAGCAUCGGUCUCAUCAGCGACAUUCCAACGUGCAAAGAUCUGCUCCAGCGGAUCGUGGCAGAAGCUGAAGAUCGCUUGUCCGUGGGAAUGAGGUGCGUCGUGGCCUCCAAGCUUUGA